AUGAGAUCUCCCAGGUCACCGUCCAAAGAAAAGGCGACCGAGGAAUCUCCCAAAUUCAGCUAUCGUGCAUUCAGUGACUUUGGAACUUCACCUACUCCGAUAUCUCGUCAGACCAGGGAGGAUAGCGACUUUUGGAUGGGUCGUUACCUGGCUCCUGGCACCCCUUCCCCCAUAAGAGCUGACCAAACCUCUCUUUUUUCUCCAGAACGGCGAAUGGGUUUCCCGAUACGCGAACCGAGUCUUACUAUCAGAGAAAAAGGGACUGGGUUUCAUGAUGACAAGUUGGCCAAAUCUCAAGGCAACUAUCACCAACCAUCUCUGCGACGCGGAUCGGGUAUCGCAUAUCAGAUACCAGAAGAUGCACGGUCUAGCACGACGACUUCGAUGAAUGGAGGGUCAUUUCAGUGGCAGCCUCCCAGCAGCCAGCAAUCUGUAAGCGAUAGCAUCUGUCAGUUUGAUCUCAAUCGACGAAGGCCGCAGCGAGGCGAUAUCCAGCCUGUCGAGCAUCGACCUCUUGCUGUGAUUACCAAAUAUCCUAGGCAACCGCAACCUGAGCCUGAGCCUGAGCCUGAGCCUGAGCCUCCUAACGUUCAUUCCCGACUCCCAACAGCGGAUUUUGAGAGUGAAAUUUGGCCCGCGGUGCAAGACAAAGUCCAGUCCCUUAUCGAAGAGAAAGUGUUGGGACAGAUAGAAACAAUGCUGCAGGAACGGGAGGCCGAGUUGGAGUCUUUGACUCGUCUCCCACUGCUAAAAGCGGACAGCUCUCCAGAGGUGUACUUGGCUUACGUCCAAUUCCUUCAGAAGAGAUUGAAAGCAAUGUCAAAGAACUCCCCAAUGAAACGAAAGACUGAAGCUGCCAUGUCGUUGGCGCUGGACUUGGAGCCAGGACUAGAGACGUGCCUUCGCGAGCAUUUGGCUCACAUCGCCGCUGGAGAGAACCGUGAAGAAAAAAGCAAAGACUUGCAAAUGAACGACAGAGAGGGCCAAGAGGAAGAAGAACCGGGGAUAGACGAUGAAGAUGUGGUUAUGAUUCCUGACGAAGACGAUUCGGAUGAUGUCGAUGAGGAAGAUAAGAUCUUGCCUUCUAUCGAACGUUGCACUCCAUUUACCACGCGGGCAAUAAUGGUCCAGCUUCACAGAUAUGAAGGAAAAUAUUUGGCGUCUGUACGGUCUGCAAAACUGGAGAAAGAAAAGCACAGUCGCGUGCUCAGUCCUUUGGACAGACACCCGAACAUGCCAAAUGGUAGCUCUGAUGACCCUCAACAAGCUACUGGUCAUCUUGAGACCUCACGCAAGGUUAUAGAACUCGAAGAGACCCCGAAAGGAAAAUCGGGGGAUAUGUCUAACGACAAGAAGAGGCAUUUGGAACCUCCCAGCACCCCGACUAGAGCAAGUAGCAAGAGACGUUGCAUGAUCAAACCCGCACCUGGACUCACACACAGUCCAGCUUCGUCAACUUCUUCAUACUUCCCCUCAUUGGAUGAGUUGUUCAGCUCAAGCUUGGCAAAGCAAUCAUCUCCAGCAACACAACCGAGUACCAUCAAUAGCCAGCGCUCACAGGCUACCAGCCUGACUUAUAGUCCAGCAGUGAGCAAACAAGAGGGAACAAGAGAUGUCUCUGGUGCUGCUCCUAGGCCUCCAGUACCGCUAUUUGGCGAGUCGCCCGGUCUGUUCAUGACUCCCGAUCCAGCUCCCGCCAACAAUUCGUUUGCCAUUAAGCGAAGCGCGUCUCGUAGCGCACGAAAUUUCGAUCAGAUACAGCGCGAGGGCAGAUCACCGUCUCGCUUCCGAGAGAACACGGCCGAUUUUGAGGCCCUGGAUACGCCCCAGAAGCUGUUGUUGCUGUUCAAAAGGACUAGAGGAAAGAAGUCAUAG